CUAGUGUAUUGCUGAAGUUUAGUGACUUAAAAUUGACUUGUUAUCGCCUGCGUGAUGGAAUCGACUGUCAGUUCCUCUCAGUUGGAAAACACAGAUAUAUUCCUGCCACUGUCAUCAUUAAGGCUGCUGAUUCCUCCUCUGCGGCUGCUUUCUGCGGCGUUGUGGCAAGUGGCUCAGCGGAGAGACGUCCUCGAUUACGAAAAGCUGGACGAAUUUGUGACGCUGGUGACGGCGACGGUUCCAGACCUGCUCAGUCCGAAGCAACGGGGGAAACUGCUGCUUCGACUGAGAGCGAAAAUCAUUCUUGAGAUGUGCAGAAAUGUGGAAACAGCCAACAUCUCGUCUAUACAGCCUCAUCUAGAACGAAUCCGACCACUAGGGUACACUGGGAGUGGAGAUGCAGAGGUGGAUGCAGAGGAGACCAUUUUCCUGGAGCUUGUCCAAACGCUCCUUAAAGACCCAGCAGAGCGGGAACAUUUUUACCAGGAGGUUUUCUCAACAGAAUACGGUCUCAGCUACGACACAGACAUGCAGCUCCUUGUGUGGGAGUUUCUUUCCAAACUGGAGAAGUUGCUUCCAGUACCAGACCUGGGUCAGACUGUUUCGUGGCUGACCUCUGCCCCUUCUCUAAAGGACUGCUUGGAAGCGCUCUCCAAUCCUGACGACUUAAGAUCUCUCCUGCAGCACCACAAGUGCCUCGAGCAUCUCGGCGCCCAAGGUACCACUGUGGAGAUGUCCACUCAGGUCUUUGCCUGCUCUGAGUGUCCAUUCUUCCACAUGCAGGAGUCCUACCUGCUGCAGCACAUUGAGCACAGUCACCCUGAGCAGUACAGCAAACUCCAGAGAGCUGCAGAGACGCCUGAGACCCCCAAGAAGAAGAUCCAGCGCCCGGUUUUCCCAAAGCCUUUCCCCAUCCACGACCGACCCGACCCUCACAUGUGCCAAGAGUGCGGCAAAACCUUCACACGUGCCUCGGACGUGACUCGUCACCAGCGGACCCACACGGGAGAGCGACCGUACACCUGCGAGGAAUGUAAAAAGGGCUUCAAGAACUCUUGGGAUCUGACCAGACAUCAGCGCAUUCACACCGGAGAACGACCCUUCCUCUGCUCCCGUUGUGGCAAGCGUUUCACUCAGAUGGGUUUGCUCAAGCUGCAUUUUGAACGAACCGCUUGCGGCCAGGCUUGCGACCCCCCGCUUGACUUGACGACAGAGGUGGUGGUGGCGGCAGAAGACGCGGCAGAAGACGCAGCAGAGAAGGCGAGCAGUCAGUACAAAUGCCAGAAGUGCGGAGAGAGCUUCGGUAGCAUCCUGGAACGGCUGAGGCACCGGCAGAAGCACGUGGUGAGGCGUCAGUACAAAUGCUCGCUGUGUGAGAAGAUCUAUAGCCGAGCGUCAGACCUGAAGAGACACCAGAUGAAACACACCGGGGAGCGUCCGUUUGCCUGCGAGUGCGGCAAAAGCUUCACCCACGUGUGGCUCCUGAAUAAGCACCAGCAGAUCCACACCAAGGAUCGUCCAUACCCUUGCGCAGAGUGCGGAAAGAGCUUCACACAGCUCCAGAUUCUUAACCGCCACCUGCUGACCCACGAAGGCCAGCGACCUUUCCAGUGCUCUUACUGCGAGAAGAGCUUCACCCAGAUGGCGAGCCUCACGCGCCACGAAAGGACCCACACAGGCGAGAGGCCGUACCUCUGCGCCACAUGCGACAAGACGUUCCUCACACAUGGUGAACUGGUCAGGCACCAGCGCAGCCACAGCAACUUUCGUCCGUUCAGCUGCCCCCAGUGCUCCAAGAGCUUUAAAACCAAGCGCGCUCAAAGCGAACACCUCAACACCCACACAGGAGAGCGUCCCUUCGCGUGCGCCCGUUGCGGAAAGAGGUUCGCAAAGUCGACCUCGCUCGUACGGCACAACCUGACUCACACGGGGGAGCGGCCACACCAGUGCUCUCAGUGUGGGAAGACGUUCCUCACCUCUGGAGAGCUCCUCCUCCACAGACGGAUCCACACGGGGGAGAGGCCUUAUCCCUGCUCCCACUGCGAGAGGAGGUUCAGGUGCUCCUCGGACCUCAACAUGCACAUCCGAACACACACCGGGGAGAGGCCGCACAGCUGCCUGUUUUGUAAAAAGAGCUUCUCCACGUCUACGAGGCUCAAGAGACACAUGCACACACACAUGGAGAAGGGCCUGGAUGUUCAGUCAUUUAGCCUUUGACCUGUCAGAGGCUAACAAUGUACUUUAUUGUAGAUAAAUGGUGCUUUUUCCAAAAUAAGCGUGGCUGUGAACAUCCUUAUACUAUAUAAGGGAUAUAAUUGUUCUUUAUUACAUAUUUUUUUGGUGAAAACAGCUCAGUCAAGUCAAUAAAUUGCCCCCUUCAAAUG